UAUAGAUCGACCCUACCUUGACCAACCAUGCCAUACAUGCCGUACGUAAGUCUUCUUUGUUUGUCCACUCAUGCCAUGCACUCACCCCCCAUCCACUCAUCCACUCCACUUGUUCAUUCAUUCAUUCGACCUCUGCCGGUGGUGGGUCGGGGUCGCCCGCGUCGUUUCUGUCCAGCACAUAGACGUGGCUGUGGCAGGCCAGCGGCGCCUGCACCCCGCCCACUGCCCCUCCAUACACACCAGACUGGUCACCACUGCCUCCCUCCUGCCCCCCCUCCCCCGCCUUAGCCUUGCUGGCCGCCUGAUGCGCCCGCCUGUUGGGCACCGCCUCGAUGCCCAGGUAGCAGUCUCUCAGCCGUCUCUCGUUGGGCAGCUCCUCCCCCUCGCAGAUGAGUGUCUGGUUCUCCACUGCAAUGGCCAUGUGCUGCGACAGCUGCUGCUUGACGUCGGCUAUGGAGUCGUGGAAACACAUCUCAAGGGCCACAGUCUGGGCCGUGUGGGCAUUGGUGAGGAAGAGCACCAGGGGCGGCAGGGGGGGCGACUCCACUAUGUAGAGGUGGACAUGCGCGGCCCCGGGCGGCAGGCCGCUUUCCUUAAUUUUGGCCUUGUUGGGCAGGAAGGUCCCGGCGCUUCCUUCCAUCAGCACCAGACGCCCCUUCGGCACCUCAGGGGCGGGCGGGGCGUUCUGCUGCCACAAGGCCAGCAGCCGGCCCUUGAAUGACAGGACGGUCUCCUCCAGCUCGGCUUCAAGGUCGAUUUGCCGGCCGUCUCCAGGCAGGUGGACUGUCGCAGCGACGCUGGUCGCCGCGGCGGCUGCCACCUUUUGCCGAGUGUGCUGGCGGGAGAACGACUUGGAGAAGGACUUGGAUGCACCGGCAGGCGGCACAUCCGUGCCCUCCAUUGACUUGUCCAUGGGGAUUGUUAACGAACGGAGGGGGCGUAGGG